UAAGGUUGGUUAAAAAACUCUCAAGUGUCGAAUCAGAUUUUUAGUAUAUGCUACAAGACUUCUAUAAUUUUAGUGAUAAACAACUUAGAUAGGUAUGAAAGAAGCAGCUGCGCGAUAUAAAUGCGACUACAGCUAGAAGGUAUAAUCUUGUUAACGUUAAGGUACUUCUUAGUGGCCUCAUAACGAUAUUAGCCAAGUAAGACAUAAGAAAGACAGGGAUGAACCUUACACUAAUUUUCGCAACCUAUUUAUCGUAAUCCCUUAUGCUGCUUUUAAUAUUGAUGUAAUUCAGAAUGUUUAUAAUUAUUAUUUGCCAUGAUUAGGUGUGUUUAAAUACGAAGAAUAGGAAUCAUUACACCACCAGCCACGCUUAAAGAGAGUGAAUAUUUAUGAAAAAACAAUCCAUUGCAUAAUUCUCGUACACAAUCGGUGUCUGGGUAUGCGUUUAGUUUGAACCUGCGCUAAAGGUUUUGCUAUAAAAAUUUAGUGCUUCGAAAGUUUCUUACUCCUGUUUUCUGGCAGGGAUCACAGAGCUUAUUAAAACAAUACAGUCACUCUAGUAGCUACGUAGUAUAGUACUUAGGGUGCUCAUGGCAUUAACUUAUGUAGUCCUCUGGUGGCUAAAUCUAAUCCCCGGUUUUCUAGACCGAACAUUAUACAUCUUAAUUUGAAUCAAAUCAUUUUUUUUUUAUAAUAUCUAAGUUUUGCUUUCUCAGGCACUUUCAAAAGAGGCAAAUCUAUGAACUAUUGCCACGAAGAAGUUCUAAAUCUUAUGGAAUCAUAUAAAUGACGAGGAUGAAUCAAAAGAAAAAUAUUGGAUCAAAUAAGUCCAACCCUGUAUAACAAUGACCGAGUAAUGUGCUGUAGGUAUUGCGUACACCUUCUUAGAUACGUAUAUCUCAUUAUAGCCAUCGAUUUUCUUGGUGACGUCAUUGUUAAUCCUAAAGGUCUGCAUAUAUAAGAGGUUGUAAGAACUGUAGCCAACGAGUAGCCUCCACAGCCUCGGCAAUCCCGCCGCUACACGGGAUCGGUUAUACUACACUAAAGACUGGAGUAGUUCGUUCUACGAUUUUCUUCAGUAUUUUUGUAAUAACCAUCUCGGAGCGAGCCUCCUUUUCCUGCUUUUAAGUAAGUUAUUCAUUUUCUAUUAUCUAAAAUAUUUUCUGAUAUAAUAAUCUCUGCGGGAUAUUUAUCUCAAUUCGUCAACUUUCAUAGGUUUAUAUAAUCACAUCGAAGAUGUCCUUGGCUUUGGAUCCCGGGCCAGGCAUGGCAGCCCUGCAAGCAUGGGGUGGCCAGGUUGCGGCCUACGGCGCAUCCAACCAGACCGUCGUGGAUAAAGUGCCGCCAGACAUGCUUCAUAUGGUAGAUCCUCACUGGUACCAGUUUCCUCCAAUGAACCCGCUCUGGCACGGACUAUUAGGAUUCACUAUUGGCUGUCUUGGAUUCAUUUCAAUUACUGGCAACGGCAUGGUCAUCUACAUUUUCAUGUCAACCAAGAGCCUUAAAACUCCAUCAAACUUACUGGUAGUGAAUCUCGCUUUCUCCGACUUCCUCAUGAUGUGCGCUAUGUCUCCGGCUAUGGUGGUUAAUUGUUACAACGAAACUUGGGUCUGGGGUCCACUCGCAUGCGAAUUGUACGCUUGUGCUGGUUCUCUAUUCGGAUGCGCAUCGAUAUGGACUAUGACAAUGAUCGCCUUUGACCGUUACAACGUUAUCGUGAAAGGUAUUGCCGCCAAGCCGAUGACCAACAACGGAGCUCUUCUGCGCAUUCUCGGGAUCUGGGCCUUCUCUCUUGCAUGGACGCUCGCGCCUUUCUUCGGCUGGAACCGCUAUGUGCCUGAAGGCAAUAUGACUGCGUGUGGCACUGACUACUUGUCCAAGGAUUGGUUCAGCCGAAGCUACAUCUUGAUCUACUCCGUCUUCGUCUACUUCAUGCCCCUGCUGCUUAUCAUCUACUCAUACUUCUUCAUUGUCCAGGCCGUAGCCGCUCACGAGAAAGCUAUGAGGGAACAGGCUAAGAAAAUGAACGUCGCUUCUCUCCGAUCAUCCGAAGCUGCAAACACUAGCGCUGAGUGCAAAUUAGCGAAGGUUGCUCUAAUGACCAUUUCUCUGUGGUUCAUGGCGUGGACUCCUUACCUUGUGAUCAACUACACUGGAGUGUUCGAGAGCGCGCCGAUCAGCCCCCUCGCUACCAUCUGGGGAUCACUUUUCGCAAAGGCUAACGCCGUCUACAAUCCUAUUGUAUAUGGCAUCAGCCACCCGAAGUACCGCGCUGCUCUGUACCAGAAGUUCCCCUCGCUGUCGUGCCAGGCCUCGCCCGACGAGUCCGGCUCCGUGGCCUCGGGCGCCACUGCCGUCUCUGAAGAGAAGCCCGCGGCGUAAACACCACACGACACAAACUCUACGACUCGGCCACGCUCAAUGGACACGAUUCCGCCGAAGCGAUGUUAUUUAUUAUUUUUAUACGCAAACAUUUACAUUUGUACAAAGCUAUAAACUCGAGCACAGAGCGUGUGCUGGUUGCAAAAUAUUCAGGUUGUCUACCCUACAAAUCGACUGCUGCGUAUUUUGAGUUCACGUUUUGUGUAUCGAGUUGAAUGUUGCACACUUUUCUUAUACCUUACAUUUGCUUUAAAUAUCGGUCGACGGCAUAUAAAAAAAGCAAAAAAAAUAAACAAUGAACUGUAUGUCGCCAGGCCGCCCCCUUAUCCAUGAGACUGCUCCUCUUAGAUAUAGGCAUUGCGAUAGAUAUCUUUACGAUGAAACAGGCUCUGUUACUUGGAUCAAUAAAGUUAAGUAAGCAAUGUGGUUAAUUAUCACGAA